CGUUCGCCUAUAAUACUUACAAGGUCGAACUAGAUUUAAGGUUGCAAUAGUCAAUAUCAACAAAUCAUCAUUUUUGAGUCCAACCAUAAUGUCAUUUUCUAAAUCAAAAAUAACAGAUUUUUUUCAAAAAAAUAAUGAUGGUUGGAAUGAAACGGUCAAAAGAUCUAAUAAUUUUAGUGAUGGAUCUUUUCAUAAAAAACCAGCGAAUAAAAAUAGAGCCAAACGAAAAAAAUUGGAAUUUACAUCAUCUACAACAUAUCAACGAUCAAUUGUAAAUUUUGAUUCGAAUAAUGACGAUGAUACAUCGAACGAAAUUGAUUCACCCAAAUCUCAAUCAUGUCCUGUAAAAAUGUUAGAUUCAUCCAAAUCCUAUAAAAAUGCCGAAGAAGUAUUACAAAUCGUUUUUGGUCAUCAGUCAUUUCGAAACAAUCUUCAGGAAUCAGCAAUCAAAAAAGCUAUUGAAGGCAAAGCUGAUAUAUUUAUUUCAAUGCCUACUGGUGCUGGUAAAUCAUUAUGUUUUCAAUUACCGGCAAUUUUUGAUAACACUAAAAUAACCAUUGUCAUAUCACCGUUAUUGGCUUUGAUCUCAAAUCAAGUUUCUAGUCUACGUAAUCUUGGAAUUGCAUGCGAAAGUUUUAAUUCACAAACGACUGAAGCCGAAAAAGAAAAAAUCAAAAAAGAUUUAAUAUCAACAAAUGUAUCAAUUAGAUUAUUGUAUAUAACACCAGAAAUGGCUGCUACUACAUUCUUUCAUGAAGUAAUGAAUCAUUUAGUUCGAACAAAUCAAUUGUCUAGAUUUGUUGUUGAUGAAGCUCAUUGUGUAUCACAAUGGGGACAUGAUUUUCGGCCAGCCUAUAUUAAAUUAGGUAUACUCAAAUCAAAACAUCCUUCUGUACCAUGGAUGGCUUUAACCGCAACUGCCUCAUCUAAAGUAGUAAAUGAUAUUAUCUCAAUUCUAAAAUUUCGUCUACCUGUUUGUAAAUAUAUCAUGUCAAAUUUUCGAUCCAAUUUACAUUAUGAUGUAUAUUAUAAAGAUUCGCCUGAAAAUACUCCUCUUGAAGAUUUAAAAAAUUUUGUCAUCGAAGAAUUAGGAUCAAACGAUCAACAAUUGUUCAACAAAAUGUCAGCCACCGAAAGUAUAUUUGAUAGAGCUGCCAGAUUGUCGAAGACUGCCAAAAAAACUGAUAAAAAAGACGAAAAUGUGGGCAUCAUUUAUUGUCGUACUCGUGAACAAUGUGAAGAGAUUGCCAAUUUAUUAUCUAGAUCCGGUAUAAAAGCUAAUGCUUAUCAUGCAGGUCUAACGGCACACAAACGUCGUGAAUGUCAAGAAAAAUGGAUGAAAGGUGUUAUUAAAUGUAUCAUCGCAACGAUUAGUUUUGGUAUGGGCGUCGAUAAAGGUCAGGUUCGUUUUGUUGUACAUUGGAAUCUACCUCAAUCAUUGACCGGUUAUUAUCAAGAAUCUGGUCGAGCUGGUCGUGAUGGAUUGCCAUCAAAAUGUAGAAUCUAUUAUUCAAUCGAUGAUCGUGAUGCAAUUGCAUAUCUGAUACGACAGGAUAUUGAAAAAAGAAAAAUUUCCAAACAAUUUGCCAAGCAUAAUGGUGAAGAAUCUUAUGAUUAUGAAAUUACGAUGAAAAACUUUGAAAAAAUGAUUAGAUAUUGUGAAAAUUUUCAAAAAUGUCGCCAUUCAUUCUUAUUGUCCGAAUUUGUGGGUGAUGAAAACAUUGUUCAUAAUGGAUGUGGUUCCAGUUGUGAUAUAUGCUGUGAUGCUCGUGCCGUUAAAAAACGAUUCGAAAAAUUUGAAAAAAUUCGAAUGAAAAAUUUAUAUGGAAGUUGUCGCAAAAAUGAUGAUGAUAAUGAUACUUUUUUUCUACCCAAACGUGAUGAAAUCAAAGAACAAAGUGAAUUUCAAAUAAAAAAGGAAAUUCAAACAAUCGAUAUUGUUAAAGCUGAAUUCAAAAAGCGAAAAACUGUUGCUACGUCACCAUCAAAAUCGACAUUCAAAAGUGCAGCAACGGUAGUGUUGGAAAAUUCUUCCGAUAAGAAUGGAAACAAAAUAAAAAAAGAUUCGAUCGACAAUGAUACCAGACAAAUGUUUCGUGAUAAAAUGAUUGCCGAAAUUAGAAUUCAUCUAAAUCAAGUGAAUGAAUCAAAAAAUUUCAACAAUUCAACCAUCGAACUUAUAGUCAAAGAAGAAGAAUCAAAAAUUUUUUCAUCCAAAUCACCAAAUCGAAUGUUAUAUCGCGCAUCGAUUGCUAAUUUACUCAAACAAAUUCGUGAUUCAACCAAAUCUCAGAAACUUAAUGCUACUAUUGAACAAUAUCGCAAAUAAAAUGAAUUGAUUGAUUUAUUAAUAAUAAAAAAUUUA